AACUCACACAACCGCCUCCUCCCCCACAACCCGACGCGGCUCGGCGCGCACCCGACCCGGCCCUCCCCCUCCUCAUGGACGCCGCGAGCCGCACCUGGCCGCCACCGACCCCCUCGCCGCCGCCCUUCUCCUCCCGGCCCCUCGCGUCGCCGUCCCCGUACCGCCGCCGCCGACGCCACUCCAAGAAGGCCAAGCCUCCGCCGCCGUCGACGCCGCCGCCUACGCCGACGCCGCAGAGCGCGGACUUCUCCGCCCUCCCGCCGGAGCUCGUCCACAGGGCGCUGGCGGCGGCGUGCGCCUCCGACGUCGCGGCCGCCAGCGGCGCGUGUCGGGCGUGGCGGGACGCGCUGCGGCCGCUGCGCGAGGCGGCGGCGCUGCACGCGUACGGCCGCCGCGUCAAGCACGGCCCCGUGAUGGGAGCCGCCCCUGCCCGUGGGGGCGGGGUCAGCGGGCGGCACGAGGCGGAGAGGCAGCGCGCGCUGGGGCUGUUCAGGCGGGCGGCAAGGCUGGGCUCCGCGGCGGCGAUGGUUGACGCCGGGCUGAUGUGCUGGGAGGAGGGGCGGCGGGAGGAGGCAGUGGAAUACUACCGGAGCGCUUCGGAGCUGGGGCACCCCGUCGGGAUGUGCAAUCUUGGGGUCUCCUACCUCGAAGAUGAUCCACCAAAGACUGAGGAAGCCAUUAGAUGGUUUUUUCCAUCUGCAUCCGCGGGUAAUGCUCGUGCUCAGUACAACCUAGGCCUUUGCUUGCAGAAUGGGAAAGGGAUCAAGCGUAAUCAGAAGGAAGCUCAGGCAAAAUGGUACUUGCGAGCUGCAGAGGGAGGGAAUAUACGAGCCAUGUAUAACAUUUCCUUGUGUUACAACUUUGGUGAAGGGCUUGCACAUGAUCCAGUGCAUGCAAAGAGGUGGCUGCAACUAGCUGCUGAUUGUGGUCACAAGAAAGCUCUUUACGAGUGUGGUAUUAAACUUUGUGCGGCAGGAGACAAGGUCAAGUCUCUCACGUAUCUAGAGUUGGCAACACGGCGUGGAGAAACCGCUGCUGCUCAUAUGAGAGAUGUAAUACUCGAAUCGCUCUCUGUUGUGAAUGCACAGCGUGCCCUGUCAGAUGCUGAUAAGUGGAAACCUAGGGCACUCCAUCCCAGAAGGUGAGAAAUGUCAACCACCUCACUGAGACGGCCACAGAAGGACGAAGUGAUGACGCAUGCAUCAGCUGGCUGCAGCUUCUCUGUACAAAGUCAUCCAUUGCAGAUAACAGUGGGGGGAGUUGCUGAUUUCAUCUGUUUGUAGUUGAGGUCUGGAGAUUGGACAUUUGUGGCUUUGUAAUAACAGAAAUGUUUGGAUAUAGACAUAUAGUGGCCAAUUGUGUGAAUGUUAUAGUGCCAUUGCAAUCAAAAGUAUGAUAUGCUCCGAUAGAGACCGUUCUGAUGAUUAAUGGAAUGUCUGAAGAUGAGGGCUCCUAAACUCGAAACUAGGAUGUAUGAUGUCAACAUGACAAAACAAGGAUCAAUUCUGAUGUGUUCUGUGACACUCGGGAUGUUGUUGUUCUGAUUUAACUUACUACACCUGUUCCAGCUUCAAACUUA